UUUAGAGAAAUUUUAUUGUGUUUGAUAUUAUUAGUGUUACUAAUGCUUUUACGUGCGAGACGAAUCGUUUAGACUUGUUGAGCUCGUGCCUUAGAUAUUAUAUUACAUCAUUGGCUGCAGGAAGGAAGAUUAAAAAUUAAAGCCAAAUUGUGAGAAAUGAGUUCGUUGGUGAUAAUUUUCGUUGAAUUCAUGAAGAUUGAGUUUUUAAGUGUGAUAUUCUUCUAGUGAUAAAUAUUAUUUUUUCCAGCUGAAAAUUUCAUUUACCACAAAAAAAUAUAUGCUAUCAUGUCGUCAAGUACUCAAUAUACUCACCAUGCUUGGAUUCAUGUUGAACUAUGCACUGCGUGUAAAUCUGACAAUUGCUAUUGUUGCAAUGGUCCAUCCAGAUGUGCAUUCACCACCACGUAAAAUGCCACAGUUAAAUAUCACACAGCUUGCUGAUAAUGCAACGGCUAGCUCAACGACGACAACAACCACAACAACAACUACACAAUUGCCACCAACUAAUGCCGAUGAGAAUGAUUACUUCCCAUGGGACUCUUAUCAAACGAACUUUGUAUUGGGUUCCUUUUUCUGGGGUUACAUAUUGACUGAGUUGCCAGGCGGUCGUUUAGCUGAAUUAAUCGGUGGUCGACGUGUCUUUGGUCAUUCUAUGCUCUGGGCCAGUUUGCUGACAUUGAUAACACCACUAGCGGCACACAUUAAUUAUAUAAUGUUAAUUAUUGUACGCGUUGUUUUGGGCUUUAUGUUGGGCGCUUCAUGGCCUGCUAUACAUCCUGUAGCUGCCGUUUGGAUACCACCGAUGGAACGUUCCAAAUUCAUGUCGAAUAUGAUGGCUUCCUCUUUGGGUGCAGCUAUUACAAUGCCUGUGUGUGGUUUCUUCAUUUCCAUUUGGGGCUGGCCCAGCGUGUUCUAUUUGACUGGUGGUGUUGGUCUCUUGUGGUCAAUCUGCUGGUUCACCUUCAUUUAUGAAACACCCGCAACACAUCCACGUAUCAGCUCUGAGGAGCGUCGUGAGAUUGAGGAUGCUAUUGGCAGUUCGACUUCAAAGAAACGUCCUAGUUAUGUGCCAUGGCGUGAUUUGUUCUCCUCGGGACCGGUGUGGGCUAUUGUAAUUACGCAUGGUUUAUCUGUAUUUGGAUUUUUCACUGUGGUCAAUCAAUUGCCAACAUUUAUGGAUCAAAUAUUGCAUUUCAAUAUUAAACAGAACGGUCUCUUCUCUUCUUUGCCAUACUUGGGUAAAUACAUAAUGGCUUUCAGUUCAUCCUGUUUUGCGGAUUAUCUACUUCAAAAAGGUGCGCUCUCCGUUACGGCCACAAGAAAAAUUUUCACAGCUUUUGCACUUUUAUCGCCCGGUGCUUUAAUGAUCGCACAAAUAUUUUUGGGACGUGGUGCCGCAUGGUCCGUGACAAUAUUCACUUUAGCUUUGUUCACGCAUGGCGCCGUGACAGCGGGUUAUCUUGGUAAUGGCUUGGAUAUUGCGCCUAAUUUCAGUGGCACCAUUUUUGGCCUGGCCAAUACGCUCUCCUCUUUCGGUGGCUUUUUGUCGACGUGGAUGGUGGGUGCGCUCACCUAUGAAGAUAAAUCAUACCAUCAAUGGCAAAUUGUAUUCGGCAUAUUGGCCGGCACAUACAUCUCCAGCGCUAUUGUCUACAUAAUUAUGGGUUCCGGUGAAUUACAGCCCUGGAACAAUCCACCAGAAAAGAAACGUAGAUCUGUGGUUAAUGCUGAAGAAGGUGAACCAUUGAAAAAUGAAAAAUCAAAUGUACUGGAGAAUGCUAUGAAGUGAGCACAUACAACCAAACAUAUGCAUACAGAACGCAAAGUUUAAAGUAUUAGAAAAGAUUUUUUUUUCGUAAUACCAACACAUGCAUAGCCUUGUACAAAACGCGGAUAAAAAAAGUAUGUAGUUGGUAGGAGAAAUAUUUGUAAUAACAAAAGCAAUUAAGGCCAACCU